UUAGUAUAAAAGCAUGAGGAAGUCUUACUGGGUAUUAACUUUAUUUUAAAACCUUUACCCUGGUUAGUGACUGGAAACUGUGACAAUGCAUUUAUGCACCUUUCUUCUGCUAAGUUUGGUUUUGGACCUUUGUCUUACAUCACCUAUAGAAUGGAAGGAUAUUCCAGACAUAAACAAAGGUUUAAAUCUCACAGAAGGAGACAUCAUGAUGCCUAAUGAAAGGAGCGCCAUUCUUGGCAAUCAGUGGGAUAUUCCCAUCCCCUAUGAGCUGGCUGUGAAUCUCAGUUUGAACUAUAAAGGAGUUAUUUUGAGAGCUUUUGAGCAGUUCAGACUGAAAUCAUGUAUUGACUUCAAGCCCAGAGCAACAGAAAACUUUUACAUCUCUGUGGAGAGUCGUACAGGGUGUUGGUCAUAUGUUGGUCGCAUAUUUCCUGGAGGUCAGACUCUUUCCAUUGGAAAUGGCUGUGGAUUAAAAUCCAUUGCUGAGCAUGAGUUUCUUCAUGCACUGGGAUUUUGGCACGAGCAGUCAAGAUACGACAGAGAUGAUUAUGUGACCAUCAACUUUGAAAACAUCAUUACAGGACAGGAGAGCAAUUUCAAUAAAUACAAUGAGAGCGAGUCCACCACCCAAGGCACCCCCUAUGACUACUACUCUGUGAUGCAUUAUGGUAAAAAUGCCUUCAGCAACGGAAAAGGAAUUACAAUCAUUACCAAGCGUCCUGAGUUCCAAGAUGUGAUUGGUCAAUACCUGGACAUGAGUGAAUAUGAUGUGAUUGAGCUCAACAAACUCUAUAAAUGCAAUUCUUUCAUCUCUUUCCUUGAUCACUGCAGCUUUGAUGAUGAGUCUCUGUGUGAGAUGAGCGUCUGCUCUGCUGCUGCUGGUUAUGGCUGGCAGAGAGUGAAGUCAGUGAGUGGCAUCAAUGUGACUGACCACACAUACUUGGGCAAAGAACAAAAUGGGACGUCUUUCUUUAUGCACUUCAGCACUGAGGGCGGGAACGAGGGUGAUGCAGCCAGACUGGAGAGCAAAACGAUGACCCCUAAAAGAGACUGCAAAGUCCAGUGCCUGCAGUUCUACUACUAUCACAGUGGUAAUGAGUCUGACCAGCUCAAUAUCUGGAUCCGAGAGUAUCAGAAUGAUACAGACAGCAGAGGAACUCUCAGUCUUAUGGAUCAGAUCACAGGACUCCCUGGUAAUUACUGGAAGCUGCAUCAUGUGCCACUGAAUGCAAAUAAAACUUUUCAAGUUGUAUUCGAAGCCCGUAAAGGAGCCGGAAACUCCAGUAGAGGAUUUUCACUGGAUGAUAUCAAUAUUUCAGAGACUGAGUGUCCCCACACAUGGCAGAUCAGGGACUUUGAGAAGGUUUUGAACAAUACUGGGUCAUACUCUUCGACGUACAGUCCAUUGUAUUACUCCAGUGAUGGUUAUCGCUUUCAGGCUAGUUUAAGUGUGUAUCAGAAUUAUUUUUCUAUAUCAGUUCGUCCUGUGUCUGGUGCAUAUGAUGACCAGUUGCAGUGGCCUUGUCCAUGGAGACAAAUAACCUUGGAGAUGCUUGACCAGAAUCCACACAUACAGAAGCGCAUGUCAUCUGAGCAAAGCUUCACCACUGACCCUGCUUUGUAUUCUUCCAACUACUGGGACAAUCCUCGAAAUGGUGGAAAUCAAGUCAUUAUCGGCAAUGAGUCUGUAUUUGUGGGUACUUGGGUUAAUACAUAUUACAUAAACAACUAUGAUCUGACUAGAAGAGAGUUUAUUAAAGGUGGUGACAUCAUGUUUCUAUUCAGCAUGCAAGAUAUCUCAGGGCUACUUCAAAAGGGUUCUCUACCCUGCCCUAAAGCAGCAGUGAAGAACUUCAAUGUUACUCUGAAUGCGACUGCCCAGCAGGGACCAUGUGUUCCAAGAGUUCUUCCUACAACUACUCCAGGACCCACUAAUGAAUGUGUGGGCACUUCUUGCAAUUCCAGUGCCAAGACGGCUUCCUCUCUGAUCAUCUUGGUUGUUUGCUUUCUUUUGCUAAUGAAUUAAUCAUGAGGAAUCACUAUUAUUAACCCUAUGUCUGACUGCACAAGAGUUUAGUGCCAAUGAAUUGCAUCUAUCUUCAGCUUUCUAGUAUAUAAUGAUUAUUAAUAUUUCAGUAAAUUGUCUAUAUUCAUUUAUCAACAAUCAAUAUUAAAUCUUAGCAUUAAUCAUGAUGUUUACUAAUAUAUUGAAAAUUCAUAAUGUUUGAUUACACAUUCUUUGUAGAGGUUGAGGUAAAUUUUUGUCAUAUCUGAUUUUUCUAUUGAUUAAUCACUUCAUAGAUAAUAUUGGUUUUAAAAUAUUAAUCUG